CGUCGAUUUUCGUCGAUUUUUAACCAAUCAAAGAGUGUCUGUGAUGCUGACUCUCUGAUCGGGUUGAUGCAGACGGCAAAAGGCUCGGCACUUCCAGCAGACCAGUUGACCUCUACGCGCCGAGCUCAAUUUCCGGUCCCAGGAGCUGCUGCCUCCCGCGCGUACCCCACCCAGUCUCCGCAGUCAUCCACUUGCUUCCAGCCGACCUGAACUAAGCCACUGCCGCAAUGCUCAUGUCGUACGGAGUCUCCAUCGCAGUCAUCAACUCGGUGGUUAACGCGCUCUGCGACCCCUUGCGCAAGUAUCUGACCAAGUUCAUGGACCCGUUCAUGGUUGUGGCUUUGCGUGGACUCAUUCAAGCACCGCUUUUCGUGGCCUGGGCAAUCGUGGACACUGGAGGUCGCCUACCUCCGCUCAACCAUCUCUUCUGGACAUCCGUGUGUAUCAGUGGCUUCAUCAACAUCAUCACCAGCUACCUGUACAACCGAGCAAUUCAGAUCUCCACGCUGUCCGCCACGGUUCCUUUUCUGUCUUUCACUCCGGCAUUCUUGGUGGUCGUAGCGUUCCUUGUGCUAGGCGAAGUUCCCACUGUCUCGGGAGUGCUAGGUGUCUCCAUCGCAACGAUGGGAGGUUUCUGGCUACAAGGUACCAAAGACGACCAUGCUAGCAAAGAUCUGCUAAUGGACUCAUCGAAUGCGAGCAAAGGAUCGAUGUAUAUGAUCCUCGUGGCCUUCUUGUGGAGCAUUUCCAAUGCGUUCGAUAAGAUCGGCGUGCAGAAUUCCACACCAUUGGUGUAUGGGUCUACGAUCCAGGUCAUUGUGGCGGGAGGCAGCUACAUCCUGCAGAAAAUGCGUGUCGGAGGAGAGGAGAUUUACCUCCCGAUCGGACAGGAAAUGAAAAUCCCGUGGAAGUUCGUCAUCCUAGCGGGCGUCACAAGCGUCGUGGCGUACUACAUUAACCUCGUGGCGACGCAGCACCUUGAGGUCUCGUACGUGAUCGCCAUCAAGCGAUCAGGCUGCAUUUGGAGCGUCUUGAUGGGUCGAUUCUUGUUCCGAGAGCGAAAUCUGCGCAAGAAAAUCCCCAGCAUUUUGCUGAUGGUCCUCGGUGUUAUCUGUAUUGUCAUGGGUAAAGAGUAAAGCAUAACGCAUAAGCGAGAAUAGAUAAAUGUGCUGCUGUCUCUGCCCUCACAUGCGUCGCAUGAAUAUCCGCUACCAU